GAGGACCACACCUCAUCUUUGAAAACACACUGUCUGACACAGUGAAUAAUGGAUUUAGAGGACUUUUAUGAAAAUGAUGAACCCAGAGAUAUUAAGACCACAGCUGGACCUCGAACACUGAAUCACAGCUGGGAUGAAGGAAAAGAUCAAAAGCUCAGAGGAAGUAGGUGUUUGGUGUUGAUGACAGUGUGUCUCGGGAUCAUUUGUGUUCUUCUGCUGGUCUUCAUCAUACUGCAGCAGAUCUCCAACACAGAAGAGAGAGAAUCUCUGUUCAAGAGUUACAAAAACGCAGUUGAAGAGUUCAAUCAGACCAUCAACAGCUUACAGGGCAAUUACACUGAACUAAUGAAGAAACUGAAGUUAGAGACUGAACUAAGGAAGUUAUAUGAACAAGGAAGUGGCAGAUUCUUAAUAUCUGCUGAGCAGAUGAACUGGACUGACAGCAGGCAGUACUGCAGGGAUCGAGGAGCUGAUCUGGUCAUUAUCAAAACUGAAGAGAAGCAGAGGUGCAUAUCUUCAUUCGUCAAGGGUAGAAUGUGGAUUGGUUUGACUGACAUUGAGAACGAGAAGAUAAUGAAAUGGGUGGAUAAUUCAACACUGAAACAAGGGUUUUGGUUCAAAGGUGAGCCGAAUAACGAUGGAAAUGAGGACUGUAUUGAACUGGAUCCUGAAAAAGACCCUGUGAACAACUGGAAUGAUCUGCCAUGCUCUGAGAAGAGAAAGGGGAUUUGUGAGAAUUAAAUUGUAUCUAGUCUUGUAUGUAUAAUUAUAUACUUGAAUGUAUAAUUUCUGCCAUGUGAUGUUAUAUGAAUUUGUUAAAAGGAAAAUGUAAAAUUGUCAUUAUUUUCUCAUUGCUUUUGUAAUCUCACAACAUCCUGUUUCUCAUGAUGUGAAUUAGGGUGAUCUGAGACACCAGACCUCUGAUGUGUUCAUGUCUUGUUCCAUCACAAGCAGCUCCAUGAUCUUAUUCUAGCUGUUAUCAUGAGCCAGUCUGAAGUGUUGAGGUGAAAAUCACAGUAAAGUACAGAUGUUUAAAUGCUCUGAUUCACUAUUCUGAUAUUGAGUGUCUGCGAAACUGCUUUUAAAUUGCUUGUUUUAAUAAAAUUGUCAUUCGACAUUAUUAUCAUA